AUGUCUACCGGCCUUCUCUUCGUCACAGCCCCCGAGGCAGACUUCAAAGCCAUUAACCAUUUUCUUAUCUACGCCCGCGACUGGGAAUUCGGCGACGAAGACACCUGGGACAACUUCCACCUAGUCACCUCGCGCAAGGAUCCCGAUCUCUCCAAAUUCAGCGACUCCCGCCGGAACGAACUCCCCGCGACAAAGCCAGGCGACGUAACUGCAGAGACCUCUAACGAAUGGUCCGGGGCCAGCAUCCAAGACAUCGAACGCUACGUCCUCGACCACGAACCCACCGGCAUCGACGGCAACGAAAUCUCCCUCUUUCUCAUCCUCGACUGCCAAUCCCUCCGCGACAGAACCUGCAUCAUCGCCGAACGCUACACGGAAUGGAACGACGACGCCGACCCGCCGGAAAAGUUUCCUAAGGAAGACCGGGAGAAGCAGUAUGAGUUUAAUAAGUAUAGAGCGCCGUGGGAUGAGACGUAUAUCUGUUUUGCGAAUUUGAAUAUUGGGAAUAUGGAUUUUGAGGAUUUUGCGGAUGAUGAUGAGGGGGAGGAGGAUGUGGGGGCGGAUGGGGAGGGGUGGUGGACGUUUAGGGGGAUGGGGAGUGAUUUGACGGAGGAGCAGGUUGGGAGGAGGGAGGGGGUGGUUAGGAGGUUUGAAGGGGAGGGAAAGAUUUGA